UCAGUCUUGGUUUAAACGUUUUUACAAAAGCUUCAGGGCAGCAUGACUUAAGACAGACCUCUCUGGGCUGAGAUGAUGUCUGGACCCUCUGGUGUGAUGGACUGGUGCUCUCCACCAAGGCUGAAGCUGAUGCUGCUGAUCGCGUUUCUGCUCAUAUCUGCCAACAUUGUCUGUCUGCACGGAAAUCCUACCACAGGUGUGGACCACAACCUUCAAUGUGUGAACGAUUACCUGUUCACCAUCAACUGCUCCCUGAGCAUCGCACCAUCAGAAAACACCUCAGACAGCAACAGCUCCUACUGGCUCACUUUCAGAGAAACAUCUGAAAAAGAGGAGUUUGUGUGUUUGCUGACAAACACCAAUGGGGAUUACUUCUGUUCCGCCAAAACAUCCGAUCCAAUGCCUGAUGACGACUAUUACUCAAACACCUUUGGGGAUAUAGAUACCUUUGAAAUCUCACUUUGUCACAACCAAAAUGAUGGGUCUGAAAUCUGUGAGCGGCUGUAUGACGAAUAUAUGCCUGUGACAAACAUUAAACCAAACGCGCCAUGCUGCCUCACAGUUAGCCACAACUCAAGUCAACACCACUUCACCUGGAAAAGUACCUAUGAGAAAUACAGUGAUUUCACCGGUCUGGUCGACAACCUGAAGUAUCAGCUCCAUUACUACAAAAGGGGAGACAAACACAACGUGAUAUCACAUGAAAUUAACACAGACAGUAUGAAUUAUUCUGUGGACGAUCAUGAAUUUGUGCCAGACACUGAGUAUGCUGCCAGAGUGCGGACCAGUCCUAAUCAGGCUUUUUACAUGGGAGAGUGGGGUGACUGGUCCUCUGAGGUUCACUGGAAGACAGCUGUGAAUGAUCUCCCACCAAACACAUUUGUUUCUGGACUGGGCAAGGUGUUUAUCCCCUUAUGUGUGAUGGUGCCAGUCGUCUUACUUCUGUGCUAUGCUCCAGUUAAAAAGUUGAGGCAAAGUGCCUUCAUCCCAACUCCAGCACCGUAUUUCCACACCCUGUACAGUGACUGCCAGGGAGAUUUCAAGAGCUGGGUGGUUACACAAGAAAACAUGGCAGAAAUUCUGAAAGCUGAGGAAACGCUCCAAAUUGACACGCUAACCAAGUGUGCAGAUGUCCCAGAGGAAGCGUGUCAUCCCCACUUCAACCACCAGUUAAUGGAGGGCAGCACAUACACCAAUAUACCUGACCCAGGCAUUGAUACCUCUCUCCUGGGCAUCCCGUAUGCUGUGAGCACCAUGGCUCCGCUGUCGGCUCCAGGGGGCUCACACAAGAGUCUGACCCUCAGCUCACAGCCAGGGAGCCCUGCUGAAGGAGACUCAGGGUGUUGGCUCUGCAGCACCACGUCCCUGGAGAGGGAGCCUCCCUGGUACUGUAAUGAUUACUGCACCCUGAGCGCCUUGCAGCUGACUAGUCCAGUCACAGCAGAGCACCAUGGGAGCCCUUCAGGAAAACCCUGCCCAACAGGGAUCAUCAGAGUGGAUGCCAUCACUGAAGCAUAAGCUGUUUGUAUGUAGCAACUGGACAGUAAAAUAGUGUCAAGCUUAACUUUCAUUGCUGGGCCUAAAAGAUCAACUUCACAGGGAAAUGCUUCAUAACACUCCAACUGCUUCAAGCUAAAAAAUAACUACAGUAAAUUUUAUUUAUUUUUUUUAGUAGGAGGUAGUUGGCCAUUAUGACGCUAUUUAGGUAGCUCAUAUUUGUAAAAUGUUUCUACAGCAUUAUGCAUAAUGUUGAUUAUAGAAAAUACUUGCAUAACCUUUUGCUUGCAUCAAUUUAAUAAAUUGUGUUAAGUAACUAAGUUUUCAGACUUCCUUUUGACAGAUUUUUUUAUGACUGAAUAGUUCACCAAUUAAGGCCACGUUGAACUUGUGUAUAUUUUACUCAAUUAAUAAAGAAAAUGCAAAUG